AUGUUUACGCGAUUAGUUUGUAUCAGUGAUUAUGAACAACAUGCAAAAUCAGUCCUUCAGAAGUCUAUCUAUGACUAUUAUAGGUCCGGGGCAAAUGACCAGGAAACUUUGGCUGAUAAUAUUGCUGCAUUUUCCAGAUGGAAGCUAUAUCCACGGAUGCUCCGGAAUGUUGCGGAAGUAGACCUGUCCACUUCAGUUUUGGGGCAGAGGGUCAGCAUGCCAAUAUGCGCUGGGGCUACGGCCAUGCAGCGCAUGGCUCAUGAGGAUGGGGAGCUCGCAACCGUGAGAGCCUGCAGGUCACUGGGAACUGGAAUGAUGCUGAGUUCCUGGUCCACCUCCUCAAUUGAAGAAGUGGCAGAUGCUAGUCCUGAGGCCCUUCGCUGGCUGCAACUUUACAUCUACAAGGACCGGGAGGUCACCAAGCAGCUAGUGCAGCGGGCGGAGCGGAAGGGCUACAAGGCCAUAUUUUUGACGGUGGACACUCCUUACCUGGGGAACCGCUUUGACGAUGUGCGUAAUAGGUUUAAGCUGCCACCUCAACUCAGAAUGAAAAAUUUUGAAACCAAUGAUUUAGCAUUUUCUCCUAAGGAAAAUUUUGGAGACAACAGUGGACUUGCUACAUACGUCACUAAAUCAAUAGACCCAUCUAUCAGCUGGGAGGAUAUUAAAUGGCUGAGGGGGCUGACAUCUCUCCCAAUUGUUGCAAAAGGCAUUUUGAGAGGUGAUGAUGCCCGGGAGGCAGUUAAACAUGGCUUGAAUGGGAUCUUGGUGUCGAAUCACGGGGCUCGACAACUUGAUGGGGUGCCGGCCACUAUUGAUGUUUUGCCGGAAAUCGUGGAGGCUGUGGAAGGGAAGGUGGAAGUCUUCCUGGAUGGGGGUGUUCGGAAAGGCACUGAUGUUCUUAAAGCUCUAGCCCUGGGAGCCAAGGCUGUGUUUGUGGGGAGACCAAUCAUCUGGGGCUUGGCUUCCCAGGGAGAGAAAGGUGUUCAAGAUGUCCUUGAGAUACUUAAGGACGAAUUCCGAUUGGCCAUGGCUCUGAGUGGGUGCCAGAAUGUGAAAGUCAUCGACAAGACAUUGGUGAGGAAAAAUCCUCCGGCCGUUUCCAAGAUCUGA